AUGGAUAAAGCAUCGGCUUGGGGACUGAAGGGUUCCGGGUUCGAUUCUGGUCAAGGGCAUGUACCUUGGUUGCUGGCAUAUCCCCAGUACGGGAUGUGCAAGAGGCAGCUGAUUGAUGACACUCUCUCAUCAUUGUUUCUAACUCUCUAUCUCUCUCCCUUCCUCUCUGUACAAAAUAAAAUAUAUUUUUUUAAGAAAAUAAAAAUAAAAAAAUUCUCGUCAAUAGAUGGUAUUCUUUUUGUAUUAUCAAGUUAUAAGAACAAUGACCCCAAUGCAGAGGAUUUAUUAUUUUAUUUCAAAAUUCAGCUGUUAUGUUAUAACCACAAGGUAUUUAAAAUCAGUAGUUUAUAA